GCUGACCUUCCCAUAUGCGACGGGCUGACCGUCUGCACCCACGACCUGCAAGGCUGCUCCUGUCUUCCUGGAUUCAUGAGACCUUACUGCAACAUAGUGUGUCCGGACGGGUGGUACGGGCCAAGUUGCGCCCUGCGCUGCAACUACUGCGUGGAUCGCAACUGUUCUCGUGAUGACGGCCGCUGCCUCAUCGGCUGCCGCGACCCUGCGCUCUGCACUCACGAGCUCUUCCCUCGUCCUCGCAACUUACCGCGUUUCCGGGCUGCGCCAUCCGUGUCCUGCGACGGCCUCACGUGCACAGUUGUGCCAAAAGCCUGGUCCCCCAGCGCGGACGAGGGCUUUCUGGACUCGGGCACUAAUGUUACAGGGUAUCGGCUGCAGGUAAAGAACUUGAGUAGCUCAACGGCUGCAUGGGAGACGCAGCUAACAGGGCUUGUCAUAAACGUCAUCCCCUGUGGGCGGUACGCUGUACGGCUUCUCGUCGAUACCACGAACGGUUCAGCGGACCCUGAGUACAACCUCGGCAUCCGGCACACUGAGGUGCAGGUUGCCUGCCCCACCGCAGGUGAGUUAGAGUGCGUCAUUAGAGAAUGUGAGGUGCAGGCCGCCUGCUUUACUGCAGUAGAGUACGAGCGUGUCAUCAGAGAAUGCAAGGUGCAGGUUGCCUGCCCCACUGCAGGUGAGUUAGAGUGCGUCAUCAGAGAAUGUGAGGUGCAGGCCGCCUGCUUUACUGCGGUAGAGUACGAGCGUGUCAUCAGAGAAUGUGAGGUGCAGGUUGCCUGCUUCACUGCGGUAGAGUACGAGCGUGUCAUCAGAGAAUGUGAGGUGCAGGUUGCCUGCUUCACUGCGGUAGAGUACGAGCGUGUCAUCAGAGAAUGUGAGGUGCAGGCCGCCUGCUUUACUGCGAUAGAGUACGAGCGUGUCAUCAGAGAAUGUGAGGUGCAGGCCGCCUGCUUUACUGCAGUAGAGUACGAGCGUGUCAUCAGAGAAUGUGAGGUGCAGGCCGCCUGCUUUACUGCGGUAGAGUACGAGCGUGUCAUCAGAGAAUGA